AUGGACCGAGAUAAGUGGAGGAAAAAGAAAGAGGAGAAGAAACAACAAGAGGAGAUAGCUAUCUCCUCUACCUGUUCAUCUUCUUCUUCUGAAAGUGAGGACUUAGACAUUGAAAUGGGAGAAAACAACUCUCCUAAAGUUGUUAUUCGAGCUGCUACUAAGCCUACUAGCAGCCUAGCAGCUAGCAGCUUUGCUUCUACUAGUAAUCUUGCUAGUUUUGCAUCUUCCACCCCCUCUACUCAGAAGAGAGAUCACCUAGACCUAUCCCCAGAGAAACCCAGGCCUAAGCAUAUUGCUAUAGUAGCUAAGGAACAACUAUUUACCCUUGUCCAAAGUAAGGCAGCAAAGAGAAAGGAAGAAAAAGAACUCUUCCUUAAGAGAAAACUAGUACUUGUUACUAGCAAGGAAGAUGAGGGACAGGAGAUAGGUUCUCUAUCUCUAAGAAACAAGAUAAACUACUGUCUCCUGGCUGUUUCUACAGCUAAAAAGCCUCUUGUUGCUGCUGUCUCUAGGUCUAGAGAUAAGCAAAAUAUUGUCCUUACUACUACAGAGGACUACAAUGCAGAUUUUCUUAUUAAACAUAAAGAAAAAUGGCAGAAUCUAUUUCGAUUUAACCGUGAGCAAAGGGUUGAGACUUGGGCACAAAUUGUUGCCUAUGGGGUUCCCCUAGCCCUGAAUUUUUAG